UUUCAACAACGAGUGGAUGCAAGUAAAUCAGAAGCAAUCGAAGAGCUGGGUAAACUUAGGGAAAUUGAGGACGAAAUUGCGCUUGCUGAAGACACAACUCGAGAGGCAGAAAAUGCGAUUGGUAACGCGAGGAAUGAUGCGAAAAUGGCUGAAGAAAUUGCUGUACAGGCCGAGAAAGAAGCUAAAAGCAUUUCCGAGAAAGCUGAUGGACUGCGAAAUCAAACAGUUGAAGCGCGGAAAAUUGCGGAGGAGCUGAAGUCGGACGCCGAUCAAUUUUUUAACGACAUAAUCGAAACGGGCACAACUCUUGAGGAUUACAGGCGACAAGCUAGCACCGAUAAAGCACACGCUUCCGAAGCAGUGCAAAAAGCAAAACUUGCCGAAAAUGAUGCUGAGAAAGCAAAUAAAACGCUAAGCGAAGCUCAAGAUAGUCUCAAAAGGAUAAUCGAUCAGCUAAAUUCAUUGGACGACGUGAAUAAUGAAGAACUCGAUGAACUGGAAAAGCAGCUAGAUAAGGCGGAAGAACUAUUGGAAACCGCUGAUUUGGAUAAGCAGGUUGGGCAUUCUUUUCCUCCAGUCUGGUAUAUUUUCUUGUGUCCUUUGCUAAAAAUUUUUCCAUUCGUUGUGUUGAGAAUCCUGAAAAGUCCCUAA